CUUCUCCUCCCCCUGGCUGGCUGUACUAAUCUCCCUUGCCCUGUUCUCCCCCUCCCUCCCCCCUGCACACGCGGGAGACACGCCCCCCAACCACUUCCGGCGCACAGUUCACCAGUCUCACCACCACGCCCACUACCGACACUCCCCAGCAAGUCCAGCCUCCUCCCCCUCCUCCUCAUCCUCCUCCUCCUCCUUCUCUCCCUCCAACAACACACAUGCGCGGCGACUAGCCUCCCACAACGCAUCAAUGACGUCAGAGCGUCCACCCUGGUCAGGCAAGUCUGUCAAGAACCCGGACACCAACACGCUCCUCCCGCCGGAGACCACUGACCACCAUGACGUCAGACAAGAACUACUCAACUGGACAACUCACUCCAUCUCAAACCUCAACGUGAACGAAAGCAGUGGUGGUGGCAGCAGCAGCAGCAGCAGCAGCGACGUCCCUCCACCUGCCCCCUCCGCCAUGUACUACUCCAGCCUCUUCGCUGCUGUUGCAGUCACCCUCAGUGCCGUUAUCUUCACCUUCGGUAUCCUAGGCAAUGCCCUCGUGGUGUUGGUCAUCGUGCGGACACGGAGCAUGCACACGACCACCAACUGCUACCUCCUGUCACUCGCCGUGGCAGACUUGCUUGUCCUCAUCUCCGCCACCCUCCCCGCAAUCCCGGAGCCCUUCUACCGUGUGGAUGAGUGGCCGUACGGGCGGGUGAUGUGCUCCCUUCUCAUAUUCCUCCAGUAUCUGGGCAUCGACUGCUCCGCUCUGUCCAUCACAGCCUUCACGAUCGAGCGGUACAUCGCCAUCUGCCACCCGAUCCGAGCCCAGACGUUGUGUACUCUCACCCGGGCUAAAAGGAUCGUGGGAGGGCUGUGGGUUUUUACAGUUCUUUACUGCACCCCAUGGCUGGGGCUUACGG